UGCGGAAAGGAGGAGCCUUUUAUCGUUCAUCUCUGAUAGCAAACAUUAUGCAAGCAUAAUCAGGUUAUAGUCCGCAGCAAUUUAAGCAGGUUGGCCACACAAGUUUUGAGCAAUGGCAGAUAAGGAGCUUGGCAGGGUACGGUCAGACUUUGUGACGAGUGUGUCCAAAGCGGUUAUAAAGCUGCUGCUUGACGACCUCGUAGGAGAUGGUGUGCUGAAUGAUAUGGAGAGCGAGUCCAUACUGGAAGAGAAUGACAGCAGAGUUGAUAAGGCGCGCUGUCUCAUCGACAUUGUUAAGAAAAAAGGAGACACAGCCAGCAGCAAGAUGAUCGUUCACCUUAAAAGUAGAGACUCUUCACUUUACGAAAAGCUUGGUUUGUCUUGCAGUCAGCCUUCUGAGGCAGCCCCAGCUCCAGAUCCUCGGAAGCCGCCGGAAUGGUCAAAUACACUGAUCCACACGACUGAGCAAUUCUGGAAGAUGAAAAUGGAUGAUAAAAGUAUUUACCAUGUGACCAAAGACGCCUUUAAAAAUCGCGUAGCUCUGCUGAUCACUAACAUAAAGUUUACUGAUGGGAAAUUCAAUAGAAAUGGAGCUGAGAAAGAUGAGGAGAACAUGAGGAAGCUGCUCUCUGCUCUGGGUUAUGAAGUGGUGAAAUACACAAAUCUCACGGGAAAGGAAAUUAAUAAGGCUCUAAUUUACUUCUCCAAACAUCCAAAACUCAAAGAUACAGACAGUGUGUUGGUGGUUAUAAUGUCUCACGGGAAGCUAGGAGCAGUCCUUGGUGUCGACUGCAAAGAACCCCUUUGUGAUAAUGAGGAACAAGAUGCGUGUGAGGUGAACAACAUUUACAAGCAGUUGAGCUCAGACAAGUGUCCUGCACUUCUGAACAAACCCAAGAUCAUCAUCAUCCAGGCCUGCAGAGGAGAGGAGAGAGGAGCUGUGCUUGUUAGUGACUGUGCAAAGCCAGAUCUGGUCUGUGAUGACUUGAAACAGCCAAGUCCAUCCCUGUGUGCUGAUGAAGAGGGCUUAGAAGACGACACUCUACGAUGUGUACACAAGGAAAAAGACUUCAUUUCUCUUCUCUCCUGCACUCCAGAUACUGUGUCAUAUAGAGACAGGAAUCAAGGGUCUAUCCUCAUACAGUACAUUGUUCAGGUUUUCAACACCUUUGCAUAUCAAGACGACAUCGAGGAGCUCUUUAGAAAAGUGAUGCAACGCUUUGAAGACUUUGAGGCUCAAAACAGGAGACAGAUGCCAACAAAAGACAGAUGCACACUGACAAGACGCUUCUACUUCUUUCCAGGCCUCUGAGAUAUUUUUACAGUUACCUCAACUUUGCUGCCAUUUCAAUUGAUGUUUUUAGUGCUCAAAGUUAGGUCAUUUUGUAAUUUCCAAAGAACUACAAAGAGAUGCAAACCUAGAAACAAAGUAAAUGCAAAAAGAUGAUAUGAUCUCACAGUUAGACAAAAAUGGCCACAAUAAGAUGCAAAAUAGCUACAAACAGAUGGAAAAUACAAUGAUAAUAAAAAUUUAAAAAGAAUGAAACAAA